AUGCUUCAAAAAAAUAUUGCAAAUUUAAGAAUUAAGAAAGUAGCUUGUUGGAAUUGUUGUAAAUUAAUUACCAAAGAUUUUGUUAUAAAUACUAAUGAAUUUUGCAAUUUAGAAUGCUAUCAAAAAUAUAAUCGUUUAUAUCUUAUAAGUUGUUAAUUUUAUAUUAGACUUAAUGUGUAAGUUGCAAUCAAUAAUUUGAAUUUAAAAAUGGAAUAAUAUUUAAUGAGUGUAGCUUUUGCUUGA